CUCAGCACACCCAGGUGGACUGAGUCACAACAUUCAGAAGAAGAAGCACAGAUGAGAGAGAGACACACACACCUGCGUCAUGACGUCAUAAGACAGAGACACGCCUACAUGACGUCAUCAAAGGGGUCAUGACGUGUAAGUGAAUUUGGAUCUGUCAAUUCAUUCUUUCUUUUUUUUGCUCCCAUGAGAUGAAGCAGCGUUUUGUCUGAACUGAUCAUUUCCCACAAAGAGAAACCGACCGGAUAUUGUGCCCACAUAUUUCAGAAUAAGAGUAUUUAUUCACGAAAACAAAUGUAAAACCUGCUCGUAAUUAAGUGUUAAGCUUUGUUUAGAUUUUGAAUGAUUUUUUUUUAUAUUUAGCUCAUAAUUGUGGUAGUGGCUGUUUCCUUAUAGAAGUAGACACGUUUUAUGAUUUUAUUGUGAAAGUCUAUUUCCGGCUUUUGCUUCUCUAACUGCUGCUUUCUUGACUAAACCGCUGCACUGGACCUGGACAGAGAGAGCUGAGCUUUUUUGUGUUGGCAGCCAGAGUGUGUGUGUGUGUGUGUGUGUGUGUUUAUGUGUGUGUGUUCAUGUGUGUUCAUGUGUGUGUGUGCGCGUGUUCUACCUUUGCGUUUCCACUGUUGCUGAGCGCGGACGAGCACCGGAGAAAGUCACACACGGAGCGGCACCGGUAUGAAACGUCCGUUCAGCCCAUCGGCUCUGCCGAACACUGAGCCGGACGAGAGGGGGUUUGACUCCGUGCUGGGGGGUCAGAUGGACGUGGAGGAGCCUCGCCAGGAGGAGGGUGCAGUGUCAGAUGAGCAGUCACCAGGGGGCACCGUACCCUCUGCGCCCUGUAGAGCCAAAAGGGAGAGGAAGCAGCGGAGCUACACGUUGUGUGAGGUCUGCAACAUCCAGCUCAACUCAGCCGCACAGGCCCAAAUCCACUACAACGGCAAAUCCCACCAGAAGAGGCUCAAGAAGAUCAGCAAUGGCAAGAUGCCAAGCAACACAGGUACAUCGGCCCAGGGUAGCUCCCUUCUGGCUUCCCUCCCUGUGCCAGGACGACCUCUGCAGCCUCAGCUCGACCUCAAGCACCUCCUGCCCUUCAGACUUAAUGGAUCCUCCCCCCUCAGCCUCUUCCCCAACUUCAAUACGAUGGACCCUGUCCAGAAGGCGGUGAUCAACCACACGUUUGGUGUCCCACAGCCGCUCAAGAAGAAACAGAUUAUCUCUUGCAACAUUUGCCACCUGCGCUUUAACUCAACGAACCAAGCAGAAGCCCACUAUAAGGGCCACAAGCACGCACGGAAACUCAAAGCCAUCGAGGCCCAGAAGAACAGGCAGCGACGAACUGGCGAGGCCUCGUGCACCGGGAGAGAAAGAGACCGAGACAGAGACCGGGACCGGGACCGGGACAGGAGCAAGGCGUCAACGACCGAGGCGGCUCUCCCCGCCCUCAUGGAUACGAGCUUAGUGGAGGGAACAGGUCUUCAAAGUGAUCCUGAACCAGCCAACUUGGAGGUGAAAAUCGACGAGAGUCCUCGGAGUUCAGUGAUGCUGACGCCAGUGUCAGAGGUUUCCUCGGUUGAGUUGGUCACCCUUUCCCCUCCUGAGAUUUCACCUUCCUCACAGCUCUUUGAAACUGCCUCAGACACCAGCGCCACAGAAGUACCAGAGGCCGCUGAGGCCACAGGCCUGACAGCUGAGUCAGGCAGCCAUGCAGACACAUCGAGCACAAAUGGAGAGCCACUUACAGAUGAGGACAAGGAGCCCAAGAAAAGCAAAGCUCACCUCCAUUGUCCUGUUUGUAAAGUGACAGUCAACUCCGUCUCCCAAAUGGAAGCACAUAAUAGUGGUACAAAGCACAAACUGAUGCUGGAAGGUCACAGUGUUCUGCCCCGACGCAGAGGGAAGGUGGUGGCAGCUCGUGCCGGGUGUAAGAGCAAGCGACUUGGCAGCAAAGGCAGCGUCGGGGUGCCCAGCAAGAACUUCCAGUGUGAAGUGUGUGAAAUCUUUGUGAACUCUGAGACCCAGCUGAGCCAGCACAUGAAUAGCAGAAGGCACAAGGAUCGGCUGGCCGGAAAACCACCCAAACCCAAAUUCACCCCCCACACCAAGAGCCAGCCAAGCUCAAGCUUAGCGAACGUGAGAUGGAGUGGCUAUGCAGGCGUGGCUGUGUCGGCCAUGAAGAAAACGUUCAGCCAGUACAACCUCACCUCCCUCUCCUCGCAGACCAAACUGGCCUUGCAGAAGCAGCUGACCAAGAGCUUGACAACUGGCUUCCUGCCCAGUCCCCUCACCCCGCCAACUCUGUGCACAUUGGCAACUAACCCACUGGCCCUGCGCCACCCAGUGGGCACCACCACCUUCAUCCAGACCCCCUUCCUGGGCCCCGCACUGUUUCGGCCUGCCCCGGGGCCACUGCGGGCCACACACACACCCAUCAUCUUCUCCCCUUACUAAAGACUUAACCCAUAUCCAGUUUGAGCUCCUCCCCCUUGUCCCCUUACCCGAACCCCAGGCCCGACUUAAGUGUGACCCACGUGAAAAGGCCACACACAAACUAUGCAGCACGCCUGACUUAAGAUGGAAACAGUGCACAAGUCCUGAUGCUCAGUCGGCCAUGAGGCCCAAAAGAGCUGUUCCUAUCGUAAAGGCCAAGAUCCCCUGUCAUGCCUUCUUUCUGCUCCUCUGAUCGUGACCUACAGAGCAACACAGGCCUCCAGGCAGUGACUGGCGCACAGAGACAGAGGUCACUUUUAUAGCCAUUUCAUGGGUCGACAUGGUUUGGAUUAUCGAUAUAAACGUGUAAUUUAUUAGAGAACAAAUAUAGUCUAGUUGUAUGUUUAGUGUGGUUGCCACAAAAUAAGGUCCCUUUACUUGAUGCUCUUUCAACAAUGUUUUUAACUUAUUGGUUUUGGGCCGGGUUAAUAAAAAAAAAGGCUAGGAGAUCAUUCAUCACGCCAUACGUGGGUCGUUACCUGAGCUGAAACUGUUUACUUCUGUACGACUGGACAAGCCACGCGUUUGUUGAUACAAACCCGCAGGAUAAUCUGGAAAUAAUCCCAGAUAUGAGCAUUAUCGAACAACUCGUUACAACAAGCACUGCUUCUCUUUAAAAAAAAAACAAAAAACUGUAAAGGACACAUAUUGUGUGUCUUCUUUGUGGAUGGUAUGUGGAUCUUUAACUGCAUACUGUAUAGCCAUAUGCUUACGCACCGUUUUGUAGCCCCGGCCUUCUCUGUAAGUUUCCCCGAGCCCUGAGAAAGACGUCUCCCCCUCUUUUCCUUCUUUCAUCCUUUCUGAGUCACAGACACAGUCAUGAUUUUCCUUUUCUGUAUCCACCAGGUUUACGCACUUAUUAAGGACCAGAAAAGGUCAACUUGUCAACUUGACUUUGUUUCAAUUUGCAAAUCUUCAAACUUUUUGGUCCAGUGCAUCGGUCGGGAGCUGCAGCUCAAACGUGGUGGCCCCCCCGAAAAAAAGCUUGAAGCAUGAAAACAUUUGUGCAGCUCUGGAUGUGUUAACACUGCAUCACCUCUCCCCAUCCCCUCGUGACUGAUCUUUGUCUUUUUUUCUCCCCGCUUCUUUCACCCUGCCGUCAUCACCUCGCUGCUGCCCUUGAUUUUCUCUGACGUUAUCUCAGCACGAGAUGAUUAGGAACACCCCCCACCCCAACAUACACACACACACACACUUGAGGAAAACACAGUGGAUAACUUGAAGAGAUAAUGGGAUUUCAGAGCUUUGUGAAAAGUUUUGGAUGGCAGUGGGUGGGGAGGCUGCUCAGCCAGCAGGCCACUUGAUUGACAUCCCAUUUCAGUGUCUGCAUACUGCGUGGGAGGGAGAAAAGAACAGUGCCAUGGCAACCACAUUAAAAAAAGCACCUUAAACUGAUUUACUUAGAGAAGCAAUGAAAAUGGUAUUGAUGUUCACCUUUUUAUGCUCUAGAUGUAUGUUUUUACAAACACAUGCCAAUUACAGUGUGAAAGAAAAAUGAACAAUCAGGUGAGAAUGAUCACUUUUUUUUUUUUCCUGUUUAGUUUAUCCACGACUAAGACAAGUCUCACAUUUAAAGCAAUACAUUUGGUAUGUUUUAUGUUUAUACUGUGUUCUCGGUGCGUCUGUGGCUUUAUCGUCGUCUACACUUGUAAUAAUAGUAAUAACAAUAAUAAUGAUAAUGUGUGUGUACUUUUCAAACGUAGCCAAGGGUCCACUCUGAAUUGUCAGGUCAUUUGGAACCACGUGCUGUCCCGAUGGUGCUGAUGGUGCUGAUGGUGCUGCCCUUGAUGCUCGACGCUCACCUUCACAUGUUUUGACUCCCGGGCCGAGCCGUUUAAAUAGCUUACGAGCAGAGUGGUGGCUGAGAGAGCGAGAGAAAGAGAGAGAGAGAGGAAGUGUCUUCAGUGUCACAUGACAUUGCUAGAAGCAGGAGAACUUCUGUAUGACUUCUACUGAGCAGAACAGCGGCGCGUCAAGCGAGGGUGAGAAGUGUUUGGGACAAGUGUCACAAGUGCAACGUCAACUGUCAUUUUGCUGUUCAGGCUCUUUGUGCUGUCUCUUCCCCCUCACUCACUCACCCUCUCACCCUCUCGCCAUGUGGAUGUCAGUGCACCGUCUGCCAAAAUGGACUGCUGGGAAGGUCUCAUAAGGACGUGGAGCGCACGCAUCCUCCCCCACCAACGCCCCCAUCCUUCCCUUCUGUCACCGCUCGCACCAAAUCGUCGUAAAUUACAGUAAUGGAACAAACCCUAUACAUUUCUCAUUGUGCAGUACGUGUCGUUGUCUGUGAUGCAGCAGUGCCAUCUGUCGUGAAAGCCCCGUAAUUGCCACGCGGUCCUUUUUGUAUUUCAUCCAAGUCCAUUUCAUCAUCAUCAUCAUCAUCAUCAUCAUACGUGCUUUUCAGUCUUUUCUCGGUAAGCGAUCGCCAUACUGAUGUGAUUCUCCCCAGUCACACUACUCAGUGAACCAGCCAGCCUUUAAACGUCACUGUUCUGUUUGUUGGUUUUUUCGAUCACUCGUCGGGAACUCCGAGACCUAAACAAGCGAGACUUUUCUUCAACUAGAGAAUCUAGAGAAGGCAAAUUAUAUGUAGAAAUCAUAGAGUAACUAUAGAAGAUUUUUAUCAGAGAUGUUAAUGUUAUCUGUAUCACAAUGAACUAUCAUAGACAAGAGUAGAUUAUGUUAUUGUAAACUCUUUAUGACAUACAGGGAAAGGGAGAAAAAAAUGCUUUCUGUUUGUUUUCUUUUUGUUUAUUGACAUG